AUGGCAAUUUUCAGAAGUAGCUCGAAAAAGAAGGAAGGCCGUGACAACGACCACCAUCACGAACAGAAAAUGGGCGGAGGUGAUGGCAAAUUCCGUACCUUGGAGGCCGUGAAGGAACUCCAGCCGUUCGAAGAAGCUGCCACCCACAACCAGGGCCGCAGACAGCUGUACUUGUCUCAGGAGAGUGGAGAUCUCAAGGACAUUUUUGGCCAUAAGAUCGACACACCAGACACCCUGAACCCCACCAGAAAUAGAAACGAGCGUCCUCUCGACACUAUUCGUGGAUUUGAGUAUGCGAUUUCUGGAGACUUGUCAUAUCAAUCUCAACUUGAGAGUCAGCAAUUAGGUUGGGACUUCCACAGAGACUUUUCGCAUCAGAAUUACCAAAGCAAUGGUACCGGGGCUGCACCUAGGGACUAUAACUCUAACCAAGCUCGAUUUGCUUACAACACGGCUCCUAAUACCUACCAACCAGUGCAGCCAGGACCCGAAGCAGAUGACGGCAAGAAAAAGAAGAAGAAGAAGGGAUUGUUUGGUCGUAGCAAGUAG